GACAGCCGUCAUGCCGCUUGCACUACGCCUGUUGCGGGUCAUUGGUGUUUGGGGUGACCUAACCAGGUACCGGUACAUCCUAGUGUUUGUGUGCUACUGCUUCGGAAUUGUGAUCCCAAAGGUGUGCUUUGGCUAUCCCUCGGCGGAAGCUUCGAUCCGCGGCUACACUGAGCUAAUUCUCGAAACGAACGUGUUUGCCGGAAUGUUGAUGUUGUACGUGCGAUACGAUCACUUCAAGCUGCUGUUAGUGGAGUUGGGAUCGUUUGUUUCAAUCGGUAAGAUGGAAGCGGAUAUUGGUUCUGGUCUCAAUUUUACCAAUUCUCCGUAUUUCUGUCCCCAAUCAAACGUAAAGUGUUUCGUGAUCACUCACCAUCAACACCGAUCCGGAGUAAUCUCGUACAGCUGAACGUACGGCUGCACAAGUACACGAUGCUCUACUGCCUGUACAUG